CGCAGUCAACGCAGCCUCAACCCGCUCGAACACCUUCACUACUACAGCCGUUCAUUCAUUAAACAGACAGCAGCAACAACACAGCUACACACAGCAGCAGCAGCAUGUCAGAGAAGAAGACCGUGGAUCUGGGCUUACUGGAGGAGGAUGAUGAGUUCGAAGAAUUCCCAGCCGAGGAUUGGACGGGGCUGGAUGAAGAUGAGGACGCUCAUGUUUGGGAGGACAACUGGGAUGAUGACAACGUAGAGGAUGAUUUCUCUAAUCAGCUGAGAGCCGAGCUGGAAAAACAUGGUUACAAGAUGGAGACGUCUUAGCGGCUGACAAGGCCCUUCAGUAUUCGAUGACAUUGGAUAUGGACAUUUAUAUUUGAAUAUUACUGGGUGACCACACACACCACCGGAGAUUUGGGGGAUGUUAAUUUGUUUCUUUUUUUGUAAGAAAUAUUGAUGGAAGUAAAGUGUUUGGAGAAAAAA